UCAUCAAAAUGGCCUCCAUCGUACGAAAGGUUUUGAACUUGAAGCUAUCAAGAAUAUAUGCAGCAGUUCCGAAACGACACCGAUCAGGAAGAAAUUACAUUCAGCGUGUAAACUACCUCGAGAAUGAUGUGGUGGAAGAUCACCGCCAAUCACCUCUUUCAAAGCAACAGGAAGUACAGCAACAGCAGUGGGAUCGCGAAGCAUUGAACGUGCCUAGGGAUUUCAGAUACGUUUACCCAGACUUUCUGCCAAAUCCAGAGCCGAAGCAUAGAGACAGAAUAUGUGAGUUAUUGGAGAGAGAAGAUAUGUAUCGGAGAAGAGCCGUUAUCGAUUUGCCAGAAUUCUAUGUUGGCAGUAUCAUGGCUGUUAAAGUGGCAGAUGCCCAUUCUCCUGGAAAAACGAACAGAUUUGUUGGUAUUUGCAUUCAGCGAGGGGGUCACGGAUUGAGGUCGUACUUCAUAUUGCGGAAUGUCAUUGAUGGACAAGGCAUAGAGAUAAUGUACGAGAUGUACAGCCCAGUUCUUCAGAAUAUCGAGGUGUUGAGGCUUGAGAAGCGAUUGGACGACGAUCUGAUGUAUCUUCGAGACGCUCCACAUGAAUUCAGCACAGUCCCUAUGGACAUGGAAGCCACACCGCUGCCAAAAGGCACCACAGUUCCCAUUAACACGGUUAUGGUCAGAUUAAAUCCACGACCUUGGCAUCAAAGAUGGGAAAGGUGUGAUUUAAAGGGUGUAGAGCCCUUUGAAGUAUCUCAAAAGUUGCGUGACAAAGCUAAAAAAGUGGCAAAACCAUGGGAAAAAUAUGACUUAAUGAAACAUUACAGGGAAACAAUAAAUGAUGAUGAAUCAGACACUAUUAUGAGAGAGAUUUACUCGAAGAAAGUUCAUGAAACAAGAAAAUCUCGAACUCUGACAAAGAAAACAUAAAUUUGAAACUAAUUUAUCUCUCCUUGAUGAAGUUUCAAGGCGAGAUAUGAAGGUACAUAUACAUAUAUUAUAUAUGUAUGUACAUGUAUAGGAGUGACUUGUGUUUUUGUACACUCUUUAAGAAACUAUCAGUUCUACAUCAGUAAAACUUUGGUUAUAACUACACAAUGUAAAUCUUGAUAACAUGUAUACAUGUCACAAAAAUUCAUUAAUAAUUAAAAAAUGUAUUGGU